GCCGGACCCGCCUCGGCUCCCCGCUCCGGUGGCGGUCCCUCUCCCGCUCUGUAUGCUCGCCGCCGUCGUGGCCACCGGUACCGCCCCCGGCCCCCCCCGCGCCCCCCGCCCGCCAGCCGCUGCCGCCGGACCCGGCUCCGCCGCUGCCCGCUGCCGCCCGGCCCGGGCACCCAGGGCCGCCGGCAUCUCCCUGUGGCCAUGCAGUGCUGCCUGUCCUGCCUGGCCACCCCAGGGCCAGCGUGACCUUGACACCCUGCCUGUCCUUUUCUGGGCUGCCAGGGGCGCAGGCACACGCUGAGCCCCAUCCCCACAGGACACGAAGCAGGGCUUCCCGCCGGUCCCGAAUGGAGGCAGACUCUCGGGAAGCAGGGAAACGCGGGUGGGUGCAAGGGGUGCUGUCGGGCCACAGCUGACCUCUCCCUCCGCUUCUUCCAGGUCCAACGCCUCCGUCACUGAACAGUUUGAUGGAGAAUCGGUCGGAUGACAGCGGGAACUGUUGUUAUCACCGGGGGAAUCCUAGCGACGGUGAUCCUACUGUGCAUCAUUGCCGUGCUCUGCUACUGUAGGCUACAGUACUACUGCUGCAAGAAAGAUGACUCCACUGAGGAAGAGGAGGAGGAGGAGGAGGAAGAGGAAGAGCCCGACCUUCCCACACACUCGCACCUCGGCAUGUGCAACGCCUGCAGCUCCCGCAUGGUGGACGGCCAGGGCAGCCCCGCGCCCCCCCUCAGCGAGCUCAACCACCACGGGGCUCACAACUACUGCCCGACCUGCUCCCCAUACGGCUCCCCCUUUUACAUCCAGACUCCUGACAUGGUGCGCAACGGGGGCGAGAGGGUCACCUACGCCCCCGCGUGCUACAAGGAGAUGGGGCCGCCCAUCAACAUGGCCACCCUGCAAAGCUACCCGGUGAGCCGCCACGGCCUCCUCCGCGAGAGCUUCCCGAACCCGCGGGCUAUCAGCACGGAGGUGUAGUCACCAUUGCCACUAGCACAGGGUGUCCCCAGCCGGCGCAUGCUCGAGGGACGGGGCUUUUCACUUGUCUUUUUUUUGGGGGGGGGGGCUCCUGCAGAGAGGACCCCAUAAGCCCAGCCUGAGACCAGCACGGUCCUCCUGCUGAACUGCCCGGCACGGCUAAGCUGUACGGGCGGGAAGAUGAGAGAGACCUCAAAGGGCGACGUUAAACCGGCCACCUCCGAACCCAUCGUAAGUGUCAUUAUUAUUCUACUCUAUCUCCUGAAGGGACUUGUCUAACGAGGGCUAUGUACAGUACAACCUAAUUUAAUUACCCCCAGCUUCCCGAGCCCAGAGGGAGGCCUUUGGGGUCCCCACGCGGCCACCCGAGGCGAUGCCCGCGCCUCCGGCACACGGGCGAUGCGUGACCACCCACCAGCCGCUGCCCUGGCAAAUCCCGCUGCUGAGCUGGGACCGGCAGCGCUCCUCAGCCAUGGGAAAGCAAAGAAGGGAAGAUGCGGAUCGUCCUGUUCCCCUCGUACCGUGUUCGUAGCCGCUAGCCGUUAGCCGUUCUGUUUAAGCUAGGACACCGUCUGCCACCUGCUUCGGCCUUCGCACAUGCUGAAGAAGUUCAGGACGUGAGUUUAGAUCACUUCUGGGGGAGGCAAAGCUGCUCCCAAAACCGCUCACCCACGCAAACAGGCACAGGCUGAUCCUUCUGCAGCCGAAGCCCCCACCUCUUCUACUCUUCACAAGCUUUCUUAGGAGCGAUUUUAACUUGGACCCGUAAAAAUGGCAAGAUUUCACCUACGGGAAGAACGACAUCCCUAAAGAACUGCAGUUUGGGUCACCUUCAGCUUGCAAAGCCCUACCCGGGCAGCCAGAGGAAGGUUGGCUUUAGGACGGCUUUUGCUUUCAACAGCAACAGCAGAGACCACCGGGUCCUGUCUCCUCCUCGGCAGGGCCUGUGACCUCCCAUGGGAGAAUGAUGCUCAGGUGGUUGGGGUCCCCCCCUCUUUGCCUUUUGGAAGACAAGGGUGCAAGACCCAAACCUGGGUUGACCGGCUCUGCAGCUGCUAAUGACAGCCAGUGACUCUGCCUUCUGCAAAAAUGAAUGUGGGAAAGUUCCUUCUUCCUCCAUAAAUCAAAUUAGGUGAAAAAUUACUAAAAGGACAUCAUCAUUCACAGGCACUUCCAUAGCAACCAGUGCAGGACCGCUCAGCUGAGUGCUUCCCAUUCAUGGCAGGGAAGAGGGACCCGGCCAGCACCCAUCCCCGCAGCCCUGUGGAUGCUGUUGGAGGCAAUGGCAGGUGACGUUUGCCAUGCCUUUGCGAUGUAGGGUAUGACUGCUCAGAAAUGCGAGUGGUGGGGUUUUGUUUUAUCACCACUGCUAUUUAGAAAUCAUCCUGCUGCUCACGGAAGGAUCUGGACUUAACCUCCCCCAUUCACGCACAGAAAAAGUAGGUUUCAGCAUAGAGGCGCACGAGCCUCAAGCAUCUACGUUAUCGGGCAAAAGGCUAAUGUACACUUCGGACUUGCUCAUGCCUUGGCACCUCUGCUGAAACUACGCAAAGAAAAGGAGCCAGACAAACGCCAAACGUGGUGAUGGUCCUUGUAACCAAACACCUUGCCCCAGCCUGCAUUUUACACAGCCUUUUGAGCAAACAUUACACACCAUCUACCCCACCUCUGGCCCAGAAAGACAUUGUAUUUCCAUUAUCCUGAGACUUAGUCUAGCUGCAUCACUUUGAGAGUCUCCUUCCAUUCUCCAAAUAGUGAUUGCAGCUUUUAAAUGUCCUCUCACAUUAAGGGCAGGCAGGAGGGAAGAUGACAGUUAGCAGCAGCAAAGCUCUCUGGAUCCCACUGGCCGACAGUCCGUAGCUCCUACUGCUUCCCAUCCAGCCCUUACUCCUCCCUGAAAAUAUUGUAACUGGAACAAAAAUCUUGUCUAACUCAGUAAAUCCCGUCCUUUCCCACUAGAACAUCUGCUCAGCUAGGUCUCAUCCUGCUGGGAGCCACGAGAAGUUAAUGCCUCGGCGCGAUCUGCAGGCUGCUGCCCGCACUGCUCUGCCAGACGGCCCUGCGAUGCCAUCCCCUCAAAGGGCACAGAGCCAGCUCACGGGCACCGCGGCUCCCGGCAUCCAGCUCUACCUCUUGGCACGUAGCAAGGCUUCCCACCACAACGGCAGCACAUGCCAGGCCAUGACCUCCGGAGGGUGGGAAUAACACGGGGCUUUUGCUUCUGUGGCUAACCCUUCUGGUGAAAGGAAGGCCACGGUAUCGUCAUCUUCAUCACGUGCAAAUUACGUGUGACCUGUCGCUGGCUAAUGAGGUGCCAAGGCUGGCCAGGCAGUUCCAGAGUAGCUGGCUGGCCAGGACAAGGGUUUGCCUCAUGGCCAACACAAUGCCCUGGGUCUGGCACGGCUACAGAGAAACGGCAGAGUCUGAGAGGGCUGGAAACACGGGACGUGCAAGCAUGGGUUAGAAGGCUUGGGGGAUGGCGGUGGAACAGGACGCGGUAGGGGCAGGGAUCCCAGAUUUUUUCCACUUCAGGUUUCUCCUGUUACUAUUCUCUGUCUUUGUUGCUCAGCUGUGGGUCCAAAUUCAAUGUCAGAAAUAAAUGAGGACUUUGAAAUACAAAACAGGAGUGGUUUCUGUUCUUUGGCAGGCAACACAAAAUG